ACCUAGGUUAGUCUUACUGUAGACUAAAGUUAUGUCCGGCCGUGGCAAGCAAGGAGGCAAGGCCCGCGCCAAGGCCAAGUCGCGGUCGUCCCGCGCCGGGCUGCAGUUCCCGGUGGGGCGCGUGCACCGGCUGCUGCGCAAGGGCAACUACGCGGAGCGCGUGGGCGCCGGCGCGCCGGUGUACAUGGCGGCGGUGCUGGAGUACCUGACGGCCGAGAUCCUGGAGCUGGCGGGCAACGCGGCCCGCGACAACAAGAAGACGCGCAUCAUCCCGCGCCACCUGCAGCUGGCCAUCCGCAACGACGAGGAGCUCAACAAGCUGCUGGGCAAAGUGACGAUCGCGCAGGGCGGCGUCCUGCCCAACAUCCAGGCCGUGCUGCUGCCCAAGAAGACCGAGAGCCACAAGGCUAAGAGCAAGUGAAACCCACACAAAUCCACAACGGCUCUUUUUAGAGCCACCAAGUCUUCAUAAAAGGAGCUAACGCGCCUGUGUGUGACCAG